AUGACGAGCCAAAGAGCGGGGGAAUUUGAUUCCAGGGUGGAUUCAUUUCUGCACAAUCGGGGUCUUUGGUGUCAGGUUCAGUUCUUCAUGACUUGGAUAUCACCCGCAAAGUCAUUCCGGGACCGGCAGUUUUUGGUAUUGGAUAGCCUGUUCAAAAACAACCCCAAUGCGUGUUUGAUUAUUCUGUCAAAAGAACUGGAUUCAGGGCCUGGACGCCUUAUUUUGAAACCUUUAAUCGAUCGCGGCUACAGGGUUGCUGCAUUUGAUCCUGAUUUGAAGUCUCUGUUCAAAAACACCCCGGUAGAGGCCUGGCUGAAGGAUAUUCAGGGUGGGAACAAGGACGCUGGCGGGAUUCCAUUGGCUCAGAAUCUAUCCAACUUGAUGAGACUGGCAGCGCUUUACAAGUACGGUGGCGUUUACCUGGAUACUGAUUUCAUAGUUUUAAGGGAUUUCUCGGGGUUAAGAAACGCGAUAGGAGCUCAAAGCAUGGAGAAGAAUGGAAAGUGGACGAGGUUGAAUAAUGCGGUCUUGAUUUUUGACAAGAACCAUCCUCUGUUGUAUGAAUUCAUGAAGGAAUUUCAGCGUUAUUUUGAUGGAAGUAAAUGGGGUCACAAUGGACCGUACUUGGUUUCCAGGGUCAUCGAGAGAGUAACGAAGCAAAAGAGAUACAAUUUCACUGUCUUGCCUCCAAAGGCUUUCUACCCUGUUGAUUGGACUAGGAUUGAUGGGUUCUUCAAGCGACCAAAUGAUCCGGCGUUCGUCAAAUGGGCAGAGGCCAAGCUGCAUCGGUUCAAAAAGGGAAAUGAAACGUAUGGAAUUCACCUGUGGAAUAGACAAACAGGCAGAAUGAAAAUUGAGAAAGGAAGUAUCAUGGCGGAACUGAUUUCUCAUCAUUGCAUCAUCUGCCCAAAGCACUAA